CCGCGGCUCCGAUUCGGCAGCCGCUCUCAAAUUCCACGCGUCCGACCAGCGAGUGGCGUGCCGGUGACGGUAGACACGGUGCUUGUCCCAUCCUUCUUGACACCUCCUCGUCUAACCCCAAAUAACCUCCCUCCCCCCCACGCCCACCCUGCCUGCCGUCGCCACAUACGUGGAUCCUCACUGAGCUCCCCCAUCUUGCUAGUGAGCCCUCUCGCCAAAAGUCAGCCCCCCGGACCACGUCCAAAAAGUGAGCACCAACCUCACUCCUCCUCCUCUCCACGCUCCCAACCAGCCAUGCUGAGAGCGGCGCUGGCAGUGCGAUGCAGGUGUCCACUCGGGGCAUCCGUGACACGGCGUGCUACUCCCAGGGCCCUCGCCUCCACGUGCGCGGCCGGGCCCGCCGCCGCGGAGCGCACGGGGGCCUCGGCUCCCGGUGGGGGGCCCGGCCAGACUGCUGCCUCCCGCGCGAGGCUGCACUCGAGCGCGGGGGCCGGGUCGGGCCGGGGUCUCGACCGCCUCCUCCCGCGACACGACGACUUCUCUGAGAGGCACAUUGGACCGGGGCCCGAGGAGAGGCGAGAGAUGCUGGCUACGCUGGGGCUACAGAGCAUGAGCGAGCUGGUGGACAUGACCAUCCCAGCCAGCAUCCGACUCAACCGAGAGCUCAGGAUGGAGGAUCCAAUCUGUGAGAGCGAGGUGUUGGCGAACCUGCGAGCCAUUGCGGACAAGAACCAGGUUUGGCGAUCCUACAUCGGCAUGGGUUACUACGGCUGCUGCGUGCCGGCUGUCAUCCAGAGGAACCUGCUGGAGAACGCCGGAUGGCUGACCCAGUACACGCCCUACCAACCCGAGGUGUCCCAGGGCCGCCUCGAGUCGCUGCUGAACUUCCAGACGAUGGUGUGCGACCUCACGGCCCUCGACGUUGCCAACGCCUCCCUCCUGGACGAGGCCACCGCGGCCGCCGAGGCUAUGGGCCUGGCCCACAGGCUGAACAAGAGGAGGAGGUUCCUGGUGGACUCGCGCUGUCACCCGCAGACCAUCGCCGUUGUGCAAACGAGAGCCGAGUCUAUCGGCGUGCAGGUGGAACUGGUGGACGCCUAUGACCUGUCGAGGGUGGACGAGGGGGUGAGCGGCGUUCUCUUCCAGUACCCGGACACGGAGGGGCUCGUGCGGGACCCUUCGCUCAUUGUGGAGUGGGCACACAAGAGUGGGGCGCUGGCGGUGUGCGCCACGGACCUGCUGGCGCUGUGCGUGCUGCGCCCCCCGGGGGAGCUGGGCGUGGACAUCGCGCUGGGGAGCACGCAGAGGCUGGGGGUGCCGCUGGGCUACGGGGGCCCCCACGCCGCCUUCUUCUCCGUGCGCGAGCCCCUCACUCGCCUCAUGCCCGGCCGCAUGGUCGGGGUCUCACGGGACGUCGCCGGUAAGGAGGUGUACCGCUUGGCGCUACAGACGCGGGAGCAGCACAUCCGCCGUGACAAAGCCACCAGCAACAUCUGCACCGCACAGGCCCUGCUGGCGAACAUGGCUGCGAUGUUCGCUGUUUACCACGGUCCCCACGGCUUGAGACACAUCGCUCAGCGCGUGCACAACUCCACACUGCUCCUCGCCGAAGGUGUGCGUCGCGCUGGCCACCGCCUGCACCACGGCUCGUUCUUCGACUCGGUGAAGGUGGACUGCGGCGACGCCGGGCGCGGGGUGGUGCGACGCGCCCGCGAGCGCGAGAUCAACCUCCGCCUGUUCCCCGACGGAGCGCUCGGGGUGUCGCUGGACGAGACGGUGACGGAGCGUGACCUCGAUGACCUCCUGUGGGUGUUCGGCUGUGAGUCGUCCGCGGAGUUGCUGGCGGAGGCGGUGGAGGGGGAGCCACGGGGGAGCCUCCUGCAAUCUCCCUUGCGCCGCACGAGUGAAUUCCUCACCCACCCAGUCUUCAACAGCCACCACUCUGAGACGAACCUGGUUCGCUAUCUGAAGCGGCUAGAGAAUAAGGACAUCUCUCUCGUGCACAGCAUGAUCCCUCUGGGUUCGUGCACCAUGAAGCUCAAUAGCUCCACAGAACUCAUGCCCGUGACGUGGAACGCCUUCUCGGGGCUUCACCCCUUCGCCCCGCGGGAGCAGGCGCAGGGCUACACGCAGAUGCUGUCCGAGCUGGAGCGCGCGCUGUGCGAGAUCACGGGAUACGACCGCAUCUCCUUCCAGCCCAACAGUGGAGCGCAGGGAGAGUACGCGGGGCUCGCCGCAAUCCGCGCGUACCUCAAGUCCCAAGGGCAGGGCCAUCGCAACGUUUGCCUCAUCCCCAAGUCGGCUCAUGGCACGAACCCGGCUAGCGCCCAGAUGUCCGGCAUGAAGGUGCAGCCCGUGGACAUCGACCGGAGCGGCAACAUGGACAUGGCUCACCUCAAGGCCAUGGCGGAGAAGCACAAGGAUAACCUGGCGGCCAUCAUGAUCACGUACCCGUCUACGUACGGCGUGUUCGAGGAGAACAUCCGUGACGUGUGCGACCUGGUGCACGCGCACGGCGGGCAGGUCUACCUGGACGGCGCCAACAUGAACGCGCAGGUUGCGCUGUGCCGCCCAGGAGAUUACGGCUCGGACGUGUCUCACCUGAACCUGCACAAGACGUUCUGCAUCCCCCACGGAGGUGGCGGGCCUGGCAUGGGGCCCAUCGGAGUGAAGCAGCACCUGGUGCCCUUCCUCCCGUCACACCCCGUGGUGCCGCUGCACGGGCCCGGGGACUCCCCCCUGGGCACCAUCAGCGCCGCCCCCUGGGGGUCCAGCUCCAUCCUCCCCAUCUCCUGGGUCUACAUCAAGAUGAUGGGGGCGCGGGGGUUGCGCCACGCCACCGAGGUUGCCAUCGUCAACGCCAACUACAUGGCCAAGCGCCUGGAGCAGCACUACCGCAUCCUCUUCCGGGGAUCGAAGGGCUUCGUCGCUCACGAGUUCAUCGUGGACGUGAGGCCUUUCAAGAAGUCUGCCAACGUGGAGGCCGUGGACAUCGCCAAGCGCCUGCAGGACUACGGGUUUCACGCCCCGACGAUGUCGUGGCCCGUGGCGGGGACGCUGAUGAUCGAACCGACAGAGUCGGAGGACCGGGCAGAACUGGACAGAUUUUGCGAUGCCCUCAUCGCGAUUCGCAACGAGGUGGCUCUCAUCGAGGCCGGGCGCUUGGACCCCGAGAUCAACCCCCUCAAGAUGGCGCCGCACACCCUGGCGUGCGUCUCGGCAAGCCACUGGGACCGGCCGUACAGCCGCGAGCAAGCCGCCUUCCCCCUGCCGUUCGUGAGGCCCGACACCAAGCUGUGGCCCGCUGUGGCGAGGAUCGACGACCUGUACGGAGACCAGCACCUGGUGUGCACCUGUCCGCCCAUGGACGCCUACGAGUCGCCCUCCCCGCAGAGAGCCUCCUCGUGAGGCCCACCCCAACGCACGGGGCCUUUACUCCCGAGGCCGGUGAUGCCUUGUCACGGGCUCUCGGCACAUUGUGGCUGUGUUCGAGAGGCCUUUUUGACGUGUUCGUUGCGAGGCCUUGUCACGUGAUGGACAGGAGGCCUAAGUACGCGUGGCUUCUGUGUUGAGGGCCCAGUCCUCUUGAGAUGCUGCCCGCGCGAGGCUUUUGACGUGGCGUAUCUUCUUACACGACACACAUCACGCCGCAACGUGUCAACGCAAAGUCUACGCGCCAGGCUCGCCGCACCGAUACCCAAACAUCAAGGGGGGGGAGGGGGAUAGACACAGGAAAACGAAACAAAGACGCGA